UAUGAGUUCCAAACAGUCGUAUAGUGCAGACACCAACUGCCAAAUCCCAAUAAGAAAAUCUCUUUAAAAAAGCUCAUUGUCACAAAGUCCGCUGUUAGAUUACCUCUUAAAAAGCUAUCAAAAAUGGUACUUUCGCUUGAUCGAUGGGUCGGAAAAGUUGCUGUGGUAACAGGUGCAAGUUCUGGAAUAGGUGCAGCCAUUGCUGAGUUUCUCGUAGAAAAAGGAUUAAUAGUUGCUGGCUUAGCUCGCCGAUCCGAACUCAUAGAGCAAAAAGCUAAAGAGCUUUCUGGUAAAUCAGGAAAACUCCAUGCUAUUAAAACUGACACGGCUAAAGAGGAAGACAUUGUGAAUGCGUUCAAAUGGAUCGAAAAAAAUUUAGGCCAUGUUCACAUCCUUAUCAACAAUGCUGGUGUUACUAAAGAAAAUUCGCUGAGGGAUGGAGAUGCAGCGGUCUGGAAGCAAACUUUCGACGUCAAUGUCAUGGGUUUGUGCAUCGCGACUCGGGAGGCUGUGAAGAUAAUGUCUGCUAAUAAAAUCAAUGGGCAUAUUAUUCAUAUUAACAGUGUGGCGGGUCAUAAAGUGGUGCCUAUGCCGGGUAUUAAUGUUUAUACUGCGAGUAAAUACGCAGUGACGGCUUUAGCCGAGACUUUGAGACAUGAAUUGAAUGCUGUUGAUUCUAAAAUUAAAAUUACUAGUAUCAGUCCUGGGUUAGUCACCAGUGAAAUGACAACUCUUAAUCCUGUACUUGGUGAGAAGCGUAGAAAUCUAAUGAACAGUUUUCCAAUACUAAAGGCAGAAGAUGUUGCGGAAGCUGUGGGAUACGUGUUAUCUACCUCUGAAAAUGUUCAGAUUAAUGAAUUAACUAUCACCCCGGUUGGAGAGAAAUUUUAAAUUUACGGUUACUACCAGUUUCCUAUGAUCGUUUGUUGUUUGACUACAAUGUUUUUAUUUUUAAUAAAGAUAAAUUAUAAUGUUUUACAAA